UCAAGAUGCAGAAAAUUAUCCAAGAUGUGACAGCCCAGACACGUUACGAGAGAGGGGCUGUAUGGAAGAGCACAUAGAGAAUCCACAAAGUUCAAUUAAUAUAACACAGAAAACACCAUUAAGUAAAGCAGGAGCCAGUGUUGAUAAUCUAGUCCAGGUCUAUCCUCAGGAAAUAGAUCUCACAUUGAGGCCAGGGGAGAAGGUAUCAAUUGACCUUCAGAUUCGUCAGGCCGAAGACUUUCCUGUAGAUCUAUACUACCUUAUGGACUUGUCUGACUCCAUGUCCGAUGAUUUGGUCCAACUCAGAUCGUUGGGUGGAAUUCUAGCUGCUGAAAUGCAGAACAUCACCAAUAAUUUCAGGCUGGGCUACGGUGCCUUCAUUGAUAAAACAGUGAUGCCUUACAUUGAUAUCUUCCCAGCAAAAUUAGAGAAUCCAUGUCUGAAUAAGAAGUGUGGACCAGCAUUCUCUUUUCAUAAUAUUCUUCCACUGACGCUCGAGACAGGUAGAUUUACUGAGGAAGUGUCCAAGGUGAAUAGUUCUGGUAAUCUUGACAGUCCAGAAGGUGGUAUGGAUGCUCUGAUGCAAGCUACUGUCUGUACAGAUGAGAUUGGCUGGAGGGACAGAGCCAGACAUCUGUUAGUAUAUACCACUGAUGCAAGUUUUCACAUUGCUGGAGAUGGAAAGCUUGGUGGCAUUGUGAAGCCUAACGAUGGCAGGUGUCAUAUGGAUGACAGAGGCUUUAGAUACACCAAGGCAGAUGAAAUGGACUACCCUUCCAUCAGUAAGCUGAGUCAAAAGAUGGAAGCACUUAGCAUUCUUCCAAUCUUUGCUAUUGGUAAAGCAGGUGUAGAUAAACAGGAUCCAUUUGUCUUCUAUGAGGAUCUUCCACAGUACUUUCACGAGUCAAAGGCAGCCAGACUUUCUGCAGAUUCAUCCAAUAUUGUAGAUCUCAUAAAAAAUGUAUAUGAAAAUAUCACAUCUGAAGUGACAGUAGGGGACAAGGCCGACAAAGAUCUGUUUGAGUUAGACUAUGUGGCUCACUGUCUAGAUGGGUCUGUCACCAAGGAUAAAAAGACCUGUGCGGGACUAAAGCUUGGGGACCAAAUCAGCUUCGAUGUCAGCAUUACCAUGAAGAACUUGAGCUGCACGGUCAAUGAUGGAAUGCACACGAUAUCAAUAGGUCCAACCACAUUCACAGAAAAUCUUGUUCUCAACGUGAAAGCACUGUGUGAAUGUGAGUGCUCCAACGACGAGCCGGAGCCCAACUCCAGUAAGUGUAGUUUCCAUGGUACCUUUACUUGUGGUGCUUGUGUGUGUAAUGAAGGCCGAUCAGGAAAGAUCUGCGAAUGCGACCGAGCUGAGGCUGAGGGUCUCGAUGAAAGCUGUGUAGCUCCAAAUUCUACUGUGGAAUGCUCGGGUAGAGGUGACUGCGUGUGCGGUCUGUGCGAAUGUGACACGCGUGGCGACCCAAACCGCGUCAUUACGGGAGAGUUCUGUCAGUGCGACAACUACCUGUGCCCAAGGUCGGGAGGAAAGGUGUGUGGAGGUAGUGAUCGGGGAACCUGUGAAUGCAACGAAGAUAAAUAUAUCAACUAUUGUACCUGUGCAGAAGGUUUCAAAGGCAGUGCUUGUGAGUGCCCGGUAUCUAAUGAUACAUGCAGAGCUCCAAAUGGGGAAAUCUGCAAUGGUGUAGGAACAUGUAACUGUGGAAAAUGUGAUUGCAAUGAUCCUAAGUACUCUGGUGCUACCUGUCAAAUCUGUCCAGAUUGUGCUGGGGCGUGUGAAAUUAACCAGCCAUGUGUACAGUGUAGGGCGUUUCACACAGGAGCUUUCAACAAAUCACAGUGCAAGAAUUGUCCCCAUCCCAUCUAUGUAGUGACAGAGCUGAGGAAAGCAGAAGGCCAUCAAGAAUGCAGGUUUACUGACGAUGAUGAGUGCGAAGUUAUCUUCACCUAUGAAAUACUACCAAAUGGAACAUUUUAUAUUGAAGUACAAGAAGAAAAAAUAUGUCCUGGAGCACCUGAGAUGCUAUGGGUUAUCCUUGGAAUCAUCAUUGGAAUCAUCCUGGUGGGUUUAGCACUCCUCCUCAUCUGGCGUCUCCUCACCUACAUCCAUGACAGGAGAGAGUUUCAGAACUUUGAGAAGGAGCGAGCCAACGCCACGUGGGAGGGCGGCGAGAACCCCAUCUACAAGCCGUCCACGUCGGUCUUUAAGAACCCCACCUACAAUAUAAAAUGAGCUUUACCUCCUAGUCUGGCGAUGGGUCUUUUUUAAAUUUCUAAUUAUUGUAAACUGAAUAAGCGUUUGAAUACCACCACCUGAUUUUGCUGUACUGCAUGCAGAAUGCCAAGGGCAUCUCUUUGGAAGGUGCUGGGUGCUGUGACCAGAUGCCAAAAAGGGAUUUCAAAGACGGACAUGUAAUGGUCAUUCAACUCUUAGCUACACUGAAUCAUCAUUGAAUGCUCAUUGAACUCUUGAGAAUGAUCAUUGAAUGUUUGUUAAUUGAGCUCUCAGAUACUGUCUCGGGGUUCAAGUCAAGAACCGUGGUGAGAUAUCCUUCAAAUGGCAACCAGCGGAAGUGUGUUUAUGAUUUAAAGAGAUAGUCUUUGGAUUGUUUUAGAAACAUCAAGAUCAUUAUUGGAUACCUAGUGAUAUUGCACCUUGAAUUAGAGUUUAAAUGUGAUACAAUCAUCUGAUAUGCUUACUGAAUGAUAUGAAGUACAGAAGAAUCAUCUAGAUGGAUGGCCAGAUUCAAUUUCUUGAAGUGGCUCAGGUGUGCGCCGUUGAAGCAGUAGCUGAUCCCAGGUUGGGUGAUUGUGGAUUCAGAGAUUCAUGAUGUCUAUGCACGUAUGCUCCCAUUUCUAACAAAGUGAGAACACAAUUUGGAGAAGCUGUUUCCCCCAUAUGGGCAAUAGUCUUUGCCGGAGCCUGCCGGCUAAGCAGGUGGAUCUCGCGAACAGAGUCCAAAGGUCAACUUACCUGUAAAGGUUUAAAGUUCAAGAGGUCAGGGUUCAAUGGCAUGUUAUCGUAAUUCUGAAGCAGUGACAAAGGACAACCUGAUCAAGUGGAUUGCUUCAUAGUUUGUCGAAAAGUCUGGUCCACAGAGUUUUGCCCUGCAGCACUCUAAAACAAGCAGCCAAGAAAGUUCUUAUUGGGAAACUAAUUGCAAAAUAUUACCCUUAUUGGCAAUCGUACAUUUGCAAGGCCCAAGGUAUUUCAUCCUGUCAAUUCCCAUACAUAUAUUCCAAGAAUUUGAGAAUGUGUUUUUGUGCGCUCAUGCACUAAACAACAUUUAUUUCAGCCUAUUGUCUGUUGGAUGAUUAUACCUUGCAAACUCAAUGGCCCGUAUUCUGAACUCCGGUUUAAAUUAAACCCUGGUUUUAAAGUUGUGGUUUAACUAUGGAGAGCCAAUUGGAGCACAAAUCCCUAACAAUACACAUUCAAUUUAUUAACUCAUGACACCCAAAUUGUUCAUAAUUGUCUGGGAACGAUAACUUGAUUAUUUCUCUUCAUUAUGAAAGCAAAAGGAAACAAAAUAGUAAACAUAAGAAAUAUACAAUAUUAACAGAAUUCUUGAACUUUUGGCACCCCGUAAUUUUAGCACAGAGUUAGACCGUGAUCUAAGUUAAACCUGACUUCAGAAUACGGGCCAAUAUGUUUAAAUGAUUGUCUUACUUGAAAUCAUGCACUGCAAAAACCAGGUGACUUCCGGUAGUAUUCCUACAGAAAGGAAGAGCAUGGUAAAUAUAUUCAGGCAUCAGGUACAGUGUAUGCUCUAUAAUAUAAAGGUGUAUGUCAGUAAAAAAAAAAUAUAUAUAUAUAUCAGGAUAUAUAUUCCUCAAUUUUUGCUCAAUGCAUUUGAGGCAAGUCCAUUUUUAACCUUCAAUUUUUUUAAAUUGGACAACCCAUUUAACGGAUGCCAAAGAAAACUUUUAGAAACAGAUUCCCCUAUAUUUUGCAUAUGGAAAUGCCCAAGAAUUAGGAGUUGAUGGGCCAAGUAUUCCACAUUUGAAGGGAUAUUAUCAGCUUAAACUCUGAAAUUUAUGCAGACUCUGUGCAAUGGCAGAUUACUAGGUACAAAGGUCAUCAAGAGCAUUUUUUUAAGCAAUGUUGCACAGAUAGAUCAACAAACUUAAUUUUUGUUUGCAAAGCACAAUAUAAAUUUAGAUAUCCAAUAAUCCCAUUGUUAAAGCGUGAUAUCCCUUUCAUUCUUACUGCAAGUGUCAGUAUACGUACAGUAGGUAGCUUGUCAAGAGUCAGGGCCGCAUUCCCGCAGGAAUCCUGCAAGCAACUCUUCUUUACACAUUAAAGUCUCAGUUGACAGAACAAUGGGGACUGCAGGAAAGCUGUGAUGAUAAAUUGCAUCCUUAUAAAUGCAUUCAUGUAUAAAGAUGCAGCAAAGAUUUUUGACAAGUCUAAUGUGUAAUCAUGACUGAAAUUACGCAUUUAAUACACUGUGCACUUGAGCAUUUAAGCACAAACUUAGUCACUCAUAAAGAAGAAUGAAAUUAUGGGGAGAUACUUUUUUUAAAAGAUAGGAUAGAGAAAAUCAAUUUCAAAAGGUCUAUUCAAAAUUAGUAGUUUGGCAGUCUGAAUCUAGCAAUUUUGCUCAAAAUAGCAGGUUUAUUAGUACAACUGUCACUAUCUUUUGUUCAUGAAUUGCCAUAUUCUCAUAAUCUCUAAUGAUAGUGCUUGUCUUUCUGUGAACUCGGCAUAUGUUGUCAAAUACAUUUUCCUAUGAUAUAUUUUGAGUUAGGAAGGAGACAAGCUGCAUCUUAAGAGAUAAUGGGGGAAUAAAGAGUUGUAUUACUAUACCUGUCACUUUGAAGUGACAUUGCCAAUUUAAGGAUCACACUAAAUCUAUAAUAGUGUAAAGGAAUUUUAGUAAAUUUCUUCUAGUAUUCUCAUUUUAUUAUAACUAUUUCCCCAUGCUUUCAUUGUCCUUUGACACACUAAUGACUUCCUAAUCACUGAUCACAUUUUAUUUCAUCCAUUAAUGUUCUAAGAAAAUGGUGCUGACAACUUAUGUUGUCUCUCUUCAGUAAUAUUCUCUUAAUUUUCUUUUUUAUAUACACAAAGAGAAUGAAAAAUGUGCAAAAACUACUUUAUAUUCAUGUAUUAUUAUCAAAUAACUGUAUAUAUAUGAGUACUGAUGCUUUUUUUGAAACUGCAUGUAUGUUUUUGUUUUUCUACUAUUUUUAAAUUGUUGUGAUUCAUAUAUGAUUGUUCUAAUUAUUUUUAUUUAAAGACAACUCCUAGAUAAGCCUAUAAUGUAGAUAGUACCACUAACUCUUUUAUAUGAUUGAUAUUGACUUGUACUAGAUUGUACAUGUACUAAUGGUCAAGUGAAGGCGUUUGUUUGUAAAUAUGUGUACCGGUACUAAUUUUCUGAGAAACAGAGCCAGUUUGAAGUACUUUUUAUAAGAAAAUUAGAAAAAAAAUAGAAAUGCUAGGAAAUGUAUAAAUUGGCAUGGUGUGUAAAAAAUGAAAAUUCUAAGAAGGAUACCUCCUUGAAAAUAAUCUGUCUCCUGUCUGUUUGAAGUAGAUGUUUUACUUAACUACGCAGAUAGCAAGAAUGCUGCUUUUUAGAUUGGCUUCCUAAUAAUAAACCACAUAGUGAUCUGUUCAUAGGUCUACAUAGAAUACAUUUGAUGAAAAGAAAUAGUGAUGAAAAUUGUUGAAAAGUGCAAUGUGUUUUUUUUUUCUAUUUUCUUUCUAUUUCUGUUAAAUGGGUGAUUUAGAGUGGAAAUUAAUCAUUUGAUUUAGAUUCAGGUCAGAGAUCUAUAGGUUAGGGCCUAGAUCGAGUCAGUGGAAAUUGGUGGGGAUUUUUUUUACCUGAUUGCUAAGAAAGCAUGAAUGCUUGUAAGCAAGCAACUAGAGGACCGACGGCUUAAGGUCCUCUCCGAAGGACCUGGUAAUGAGGAUUAAUGCCUUACCAAAGGGCAAUAGCGCACCAAAUGUGAAUCGAACCCGGGUCACCGGAAUACGAAUCCCCCGCUCUUCCGACUGAGCUAUCGCGCCUCCUCAAUGCUGUCAGUCCAAACUGAGAAAGAUUGCAUCACUAUCACAAUCCCAGUCAACUGGUCACAUUGCCACCAUCAGUUCAGAGGCUACCAUAGUCUGUUCUUCCAAAAAGAAGUUCCAGUUUGGAGGCACCUCAUUGCCAGUGACCUACCCCCCCCCCUCUCCUUCCCCGUUUUCACCGCAAACCUGUUUCAAAUAUACAGUAUGUGAUUAUGGACUUGAUAAUUAGCUAUUUACUGAAUUUCAUUUUGAUUUUAUCUCUGUGUUGAAUUAUUAAGUGCCUUUCUUAGUUGAAUGAAGUCUUUUUUAUAGCACUGAUGAUUUAUAGAAUGCAUUUAUGAUUGUGUAAACAUUAAAAAAAAAAUAUUUUAUUAUAUUGAUAUGUUGAGGGCCUUAUUCUUUGAAGAGUAUGGAAAGACAGAAACUCAAUAAUUUACCACCUAGAAUGCCAGAACCCACAUUUAUUAUGCUCUGUCAAUAGAUGAAUUAGCCUUGUGCAUUCAAGAAAUUCAACAAUCUGUUAUUUUUUUGUUAGUUUCUGAAUGAAAACAAUGCCAGAUACCUUCUAGAUGAUGAAUUAGGGUGUCGCUGGCUUUCCAUAAAUGUGAUUAGAAGAUUUAAAAUCAAUCGCAUCUCAUCAGAAAGGAUCCUACAUUGUUGUGGAAUUAUUCUUUUUGGCUUUCCAUAGAAUGAUUUGGAACUAAUUGAAAGUCUGAUUAUAAAGUACUAUGUGCUUUUAUAUCUUAUGUGUACUAUAAUAAUAAAGUACUACAAAAAGGAGUGUUUAUUCUGAUAUCUUAUUAAUCUCUAGACUUAAUAACUCAGUGAUCCAUGUAUCAGACACCAUUUCCAGAUUCCGUAAGACCUCAAAAACAAAUGAACACAAUAUUUUCUCUUUUAUGAUAAUAAAUAGGGGAAAAAGGUAAGGUGAAUUUUCAUUCCUCGUGAAGAUAGGUGAUAAAGAAAAGGAAAUGUGAAAAAAAAGGCUGAAUCUAUCAAGUGUGCAGAAUUAUAUUGCUUGGACAGGACAAUUUCAUGGUGUUGCAGUUGAUGUAUAAAACAAAUGAGAAAAAUGUGCACCGAGUAAAACAUGCCGUAUUGGAAUUUGGCCUAUACAGGGUAAUUUUCCCUACACUUAUCAAUUUUUGCCAAGACCUCAAAAAUAAAUGAAUCCUUUAUUUCUUGGCGUGAUUCUCCAUAAUCAGACAUGAAACUUAACUCAUCUCGGUUUUUCAUUUGGUUCAAAAUGUAGAAUUAUUUUAUUCAUUGAAUUGGUCAUACAAGAAUGAAAGAAUUCAUCAAAUUAAUUAAGAUAAUUAAAUUGGUUGUGUCUAGUGUCAUCUUUGAAAUUUUCUUCCUUUAUUUCUUUCUUCCAUAAAAUCUGACUAAAUGUAAAUGUUGCUUUGCAGUAAUGUAAAUGUUUGUGCAGCACAAGGUAGUACAAAAAGGCAUUUAGAGCAUUUAUUUAGAAAUUGAGUGUACAUUGUACUAGGUCACAAAUUAAUGCACUGCUUAUUUUAGUUCAGAAACAAAACCGUGGACAUCGAGAACUCGAUUGCAACUUCACAAGAUUUCCAAGAAAAAAUAUGUGUGCUAAACUAGAACAAUUUUAGAGCUCUCUUAUCUUGAUAAUCUAUGCAUUUCAAAAUUAUUUGUUUUUAAUAAGUUGAAAUCAGUACUUUAAUUUGAAAUAAAAUGAGAUGUAAAGAAAGGUUGAAUUGAUGUGGAUGAUUAAAUUAUCACAUUUUAUGUAGUACUAAUGAAAUAUACAAAAGCCUAUAAAAAGAUGAAAAGUUUGAUAAAUAAAGACAUCUGCUUGUACUAAAUUUUAA